AUGGAUGAAAGUUCUAAGGUGACUCCCCUUACAAACCUCCUAUCCAAGCCGCGAAGUGCGCUAGGUGACAAGGGUACAAAGCGCAAAGGUGACACAAAGAAGUAUCUCAUGGUGCGAAAAGCAAGCGCGACAAGCUUGGACCCGCAGCCAAUCACUUGUCCACUCCCCUCCGCAGACAACAUCAAAGACUGA